AUGGUUGAAGAAGCCAAGAUACAACCGCAAGAAGAAAUUUCUCCUGAAGAAAAAAUACUUGAGCAUAUAAGCAAAGCUGAAGCGUUUAAAAUUGAAGGAAAUGAACUAUUUAAGCAAGGCAAUUACAAGGAUGCAUUAAAAAAAUACGCGAAAGUGUUUUUAUACACUGAAGGCUUAAUUUCAAAGUCAGGAGCACUAUCGCAAUAUGCAAAGGUUUGCUUAACUGAUCAGCAAGAGGCUCAAGUUAACGAAAUAAGGUUUUCCACAUAUUCGAAUAUGACAGCUGUACACCUUAAAGAAGGAAAUUAUGAACGCACCAUCUUAAAAGCUAAUAAAGCACUCGAAAUUAAUGAGAGCUCUAAAGUUUUAUAUCGGCGUGGAAUGGCUUAUCUUCAGCUUAAUGAUCUUGAUCGAGCAAAAUCUGAUUUUGACAAAGCUAACGAGAAAACACCUGGAGAUCCUUCAAUUCAGGCUGCUUAUAAGUUAUGGAAUAAGAAAAUGAAGGAAUCCGAAGAGAGAGACAGAAGACACUUCAAAGGGAUGUUUGAAAGGAUGAAUCUUGAAAAUUAA